AUGAUAGGAAGCCGACGGAUGAGGCAGGAAAUAUUGCCGAACCUCUUACGCGCAGAAAGUCACGAAGAAAACCCGAGAAGAAGAAGCAAGAGGCUGAGGGGGAAGGGGGGAGUAUUAGGAAGGGAAUUGAGUUCAAUUCAGAAGGGUCGUCGCGGUUUGUUCCUGAACAGACUAUUCGGGGAGAGUGGAGAAGAAACGACGGGGAGUGAAGAUACUCUUCGCACGGGAUCUUGCAAAAUGCACGAGUGGCGGGGAGGGACGAAGACGAUGAUCGCAAAUUGCUGCUCGGCAACUUCUGCACUACUAAAUAAAGGGAGAAACACGCAGUUCAUUGAUUACAUGUGGACGAGACUAGUACCGUAG